UUUCUACCACCAGAGCGCGCAUCAGUGGAUAUUGAAUAAAAUCCGUCAGUUUUGCAUCAGCCGUUGCAAGUGAAAGUUGUGAACUUUGUUUCAAUCAACAACCGUCUUCAGCAAAUUACUAAAAAGAAAUGGCUCGUACUAAGCAGACAGCGCGUAAAUCUACGGGAGGAAAAGCACCCCGAAAACAACUUGCCACAAAGGCAGCACGUAAAAGUGCACCAUCCACUGGAGGAGUCAAGAAGCCUCAUCGUUAUAGGCCCGGUACUGUUGCUCUUCGAGAAAUCAGAAGAUACCAAAAGUCCACUGAAUUGUUGAUCAGAAAAUUGCCCUUCCAACGAUUAGUUCGUGAAAUUGCACAGGACUUCAAAACUGAUCUUCGUUUCCAAAGUGCGGCCAUUGGUGCCCUUCAGGAAGCAUCUGAGGCAUAUUUGGUUGGUCUUUUUGAAGACACAAAUUUGUGCGCUAUUCACGCUAAGCGGGUAACCAUUAUGCCCAAAGAUAUUCAAUUGGCUCGACGAAUUCGUGGUGAACGUGCUUAAGUUUUCUCUUAUUUUUCUCUUUUUUAUUAUAAAUUUUUUUAUUUUAUCGAACAUUAUUUUUGUCAAUGUAUCACGCGAUUUCUUUGCAAAAAUAUGUUUCUUUAUUCUCUGUCCCUCACUGCCAAGCACUCCUAAAAAUUAAACCUAGACAAAUUCUUAAUGAAAUGCAACAUUUGACAUAAUUUUUUUUUCAUUUAAUUAUUUAAUAAAUAAUUCAGAACAUGUAAUUUUUAUUUUGAGUAAAAGAUUGCUUUAAAAAUUGAGUUAUUUUUGUACGUUUAUAUUUUUUAGAAAUAGCUUUUUGUUUAACAAGAAGCUAUAAUAAAAAAAUUCUUAGUAUAAAUCAGGUUUUUCUUACACAACUGCUUUCAAGUAGAUGUUGACUUUUUUUUUUAUCGCGAUGCAAAGAAUUUUUUUUAACUUUUUUGAUUAAUGGAAUAACAAUGAAAUAUUCAUUUUUAAAUUCCUGUUUCAACAAGUUUAAAUGAUUGCUCUUUCAUUGUGAUAAGUUUUCCCUCCCCUUUAUUAAAUAGAAGAAAAAUUGUUUUUGAUGUAUAGUUUUGUCAAAAAUGAUUUUUCACAUUAAAAAAAAAUAGAGUAUAUUUAAUGUGUAAUUUUAUAGGUUAGCUUUUAGAUAAUGUAAUAUUUAGAAAAUGUCAAUUUCAAAUACAGUUUUUUGCCAUUAAAUUUUGGCUACUUAUUGUAUUUUCUAGAUGACGUAAAUUUGUAUUCACAUGAAAAUUUACGUAAUUCUUGUAGACUUUUGUUUUAUAAAACAAUUGUCUACUUGUAAGUUCGUAAAUUUUUGAUGUCUAGGUUUAAGACUUGCACUAUUGUAGUUAAGUGUGAUUAUAAAUGAGAAGAUGAUGAUAAAGAUGAUGAAGAAGAAGAAGAAAAAAUUGCAAGAAAUCGAAGAUACAAUAUGAAAAAUGAAUAACAUUCACUUAUUGUUAGUCACAGAAUUCAUCGUACAAUUAAAAACUUUUUAUUUUAUAUAAUAUGCUAAUUAAUCCCUAAUUCAGCUGUCAUUUUGAUCUCGUUAUUCGUUUUUCAUGUAUGUUAAUUUUUUAAAGAUUUUAAUUUGCAAUAAUCACUACAAGAUAUCUUGAAAAAAAUGUAUUAUAAUAUUACUCAAGUAUUUACUGUAAAAAUUAGACCCAUUAUUUUUUACUUUUGACAAAUCUUCUUGUACUUGUAUCAACGCUGCUGUUGUGAAAUAAAUAGUCUUUUUUUUAAACAAAAAAAAAAAAUUAUCUAAGAAAUGGAAAUUCACGAUUAAAAAAUAAUGUAAUAAUACUACAUUUGUAAAACUAUUUAGUAUCUUUAUUAUCGAGCCAAUAAAUUCUGCAAAAAGAAUA